AUUCUUCCCAGGAUGAUUCCAAUUUAAAAGUUCUGCAACCUAAUCAGAUCCAUACACAUAAAUACGUGCACAUAUAUACGUACGUUAUUUAGUAUAUAUAAGUUGCUAAUUCUGAUCAAAUCUCACCAAAUUCGUGUUCGAACUCGUGUUCUCGAAAUGAAGCAACUUUCUGUGAAUAUUUUGUUGUGCAUAAUUGGAAUAAAUUGGAAUUUCUUGCAAUCUGCCAGAGCUACAACGACACAAUGUCCAAUGCGAUGUCUUUGUUUUCGUACCACAGUUCGCUGCAUGUUCCUAAAUUUGGACAAGAUCCCCCAAGUUCCUCUAGACACCACUGUCUUAGAUCUCCGGUUUAACAGAAUUCGUGAAAUAGCUCCUUUCCAGUUUCGCAACCUCAGCGACCUAACUACUCUUCUUCUCAAUAACAACCAAAUCAUUGAGCUGAAAAAUGGGGCCUUCCAAGGACUCAGCCAAUUACAACACUUGUAUAUUUACAAGAAUAGGAUACGACACCUGGAUUCUGAUGUAUUUACUGGUUUACCAAAAUUAGAACAAUUGUACCUGCAUUACAACUAUAUCCCUGUCAUAGAGCCCACAAUGUUUCACCAAUUAACAAACUUGAAGCGACUAUUUCUUCAAAACAACAAGAUUCAGAAGAUUCCUGUUGGUUCUUUUGAUAACUUGGAGAAUCUCCAACGCCUGCGACUGGACGGAAAUGCGCUGGUUUGUGACUGCGGGAUGAUGAGUUUUGCCCAAAUGUUGGCUUCUCACAAGGAAACGAUUGCAGCAGCAAUUUGUGAGCAACCUUUUGAUAUGAAGGGAAAGUCCGUCCUCAUGUUGACGGGCAGCAUGGAGAAUCAUUGUCGUGAGCCUAUCCUACUGGAGGAACCAAGAGAUAUUGACGUGAAAUUUGGAAACACGGUUUAUUUCCGAUGCCGGGCUGAAUUUUUUGGGCGAAACCCAAAAAUUGUAUGGCUUCAAAACAACAACGAAAUCAAUACCCAACUUCCACCUCGAUACUCUAUCAUGAACGAUGGCACCCUGAUGAUUGAAAACAUAGAAUACGACGACUUGGGAACAUUCGAAUGCAUUGCACGCAGCGAAGGCGGAGAAGUAAAGUCUCGCAAGGCUCAUGCUAACGCUGAAACCUUAGUUGAAUAUAAAACCACUCAACAACAACGACCCCGUUUCCUAAAAAUGCCUAUGGACCAGGAAGUUGUCGAGGGGAAGGACUUGCUUCUUAAUUGCAGCGCUUCCGGGCCUUCUACUACCAUUACCUGGUAUUAUAAUGAAAAGCCAAUUGACUUUUCUGCCCCGAAUAAUGAGAUUACAGAUGAAGGGCUGCGUAUCCAGAACGUGACUCGCGAGAGGAACGAAGGCGUUUAUAAAUGUUCGGCGUUAAAUUUGGCUGGCAAUAUAUCCGCAGUGGCUCAAAUUAAGGUUCUUGCCUCCAUCAUUCCUCCGACGUGGUUGGUCACACCCUCAGAAGCUCAGCGGAUUGUGGAACUUGGGGAGAAAGUCGUUCUUUUCUGCGAAGCAACGGGAAAACCAGUGCCUAAAAUUUCCUGGUUCCACAAUGGAGCGCUUUUACCACAAAAAGGAAAUUUACUGGAAAUCACUGCCGCGGUCCAAGAGUCCCACGGAGAGUACACGUGCCGGGCUGACAAUGGUGAAAUUAUUGAGACAGUAACCAAUAUAAAAAUUGUUAGUGGAUCAACACCAGUUUUUACACACAACUUGACAAACCUUCCAACCAGGCUCCGACCGGGAAUCCAAUUACAGUUGCCUUGCUCUGCUGUUGGUCGGCCAACUGCUAGCAUCAUUUGGCGAAAAAAUUUGGAAACAGUCUUGGAAACUUUACGAAUCGCAAUUCUUCCAAGCGGAACUCUAAUUAUCAAUGAGUUUGACCCUGAUGAGGAUUCUGGUACUUACCAAUGCAGCGCAUUCAACGACCACGGUUUCAUAUCCUCCAAGCAAAUUGUGAUAGACAGAAAUCAACUAGCAGUACGCCAAGAUUCAGACAGUGACAUAGUGUCCAAUGCGUACAACCAAGCAAGGCACGAGGUGGAAAGUGCUGAAAACGAGACUUUGCGAAUUCUUUCCGAUACAUCAAAGAAUGAAGUGCUUUCUCCAGUCGAACUACUUAGGCUGACGAGAUUUCCAAGGGGCGAAGGAAGGUUUAUCGCACGCCCUGCCGAAAUAUACGAGAGAGCUCUGAGCUUGAUAAAAUCCCAGUUGGAGAAAGGAAUGAGUAUCAACGUGACCAAGGAUUUUUCCUAUGAUGACUUGCUCACCACGUCUCAGUUGGAAACGUUGGGAAGUCUUUCCGGUUGCAUUUCACACAGAAGAAUGAACUUUAGCUGCAAUCAGGACAAGUGUUUUAAUAGAAAGUAUAGGACGAUUGACGGGACGUGCAACAAUCCAUCUCAAAUAAUGUGGGGAGCCUCGUACACUCCAUUUCAGAGGUUGUUAACAUCCCAGUAUGAAAAUGCCUUCAACUUACCCAAAGGCUGGACGGCAAGCAAGCAAUACAACGGCUACACUUUACCGGACGCACGUGUUGUGACAAAUAAGAUUAUAACAACAGACUCAAUUAGUCCAGAUUCCAACUAUACGCACAUGCUCAUGCAGUGGGGACAGUUUCUGGACCACGACUUAGAUCACGCUCUGCCUUCACUGAGCAUAGAGUCAUUUGGGGAGCGUGUAAGUUGUCGAAGAACUUGUGAGAAUGUUGCCCCUUGUUUCCCAAUGCAAGCACCAACGGGCGAUGUGCGGAUUCGAACAAGAAAAUGCAUGGAGUUCACUCGAAGUGCAGGUGUAUGUGGCUCAGGCGUCACGAGCAUUUUAUUUGAGAGUCUGCAGCAACGAGAGCAAAUCAAUCAAUUGACAUCGUACAUUGACGCAUCUCAGGUGUAUGGUAGCUCGGAGAUAGAGCUGACAGCAUUGCGGAGUAUUACCGAACCAAUCUAUCUGAGAAAUGGAAUAUUCAUGUUUCCAAACAAACCUCUCAUGCCGUUUGCUACAGACGAUAAUUUUGUUGAUUGCAGACGAAACUUUCGAAUGUCCGAUGUUCCUUGCUUUGUGGGAGGCGAUAUUCGAGUCAAUGAACAAGUUGGUUUGCUAGCUAUGCACACAAUCUGGUUCCGACAGCACAAUUUUGUGGCACAAAAACUUCGAGAUGCAAAUCCUCGUUGGAGGAACGAAACUGUUUUCCAAGAAGCGCGAAAAAUUGUUGGAGCCCAAAUGCAGCACAUAUCCUACGUGGAGUGGCUUCCAAAAAUUGUGGGGUCUCUGGGGAUGGCUGAAUUAGGACCGUAUCGUGGAUAUAAUCCCAAGAUUAACCCCAGUAUUACGAACGCAUUCGCCACCGCCGCAAUGAGGUUUGGACACACACUUAUAAAUCCCUCUCUAAGACGCUUAGACGGAAAUUUUGAGACGAUAAGAGAAGGAGACAUUCCCUUGAGGCAAGCAUUUUUUGCUCCCUGGAGAUUAGUUGAAGAGGGCGGUGUGGAUCCACUUAUGAGAGGACUGUUUGAUACUCCUGCAAAGUUGAGGAAAAGCACAGAAUUCCUCAAUUCUCACCUGACUAAUGAUUUGUUCGGACAUGCACAUCUAGUAGCGUUGGAUCUAGCUUCUAUGAACAUUCAGCGCAGUCGAGACCACGGUCUUCCUUCCUACAACGACUACCGGGCCCAUUGUGGACUUACGAAGGCAACUAGCUUUGAUGAUCUAAAGUUUGAAAUCCCAGAUAAAGAACUGAGAAACAAGCUGCAACAAGUGUACGGUCACGUGAGCAAUAUAGAUUUGUGGGUGGGUGGCAUCGCAGAACAACCAUCAAGUGCGGAUGCGAGAGUGGGUCCGACGUUCCGGUGCAUUCUUUUAGAUCAAUUUAGACGACUACGGGAUGGUGAUAGAUUCUGGUACGAAAAUGAGGAGAUAAAUAGUAAAGAGCAAAUACGAGAAAUAAAACGGACAACGUUGGCCAGAGUCCUUUGUGACACGGGCGACGCGUUAAGUCACGUUCGAAAAGAUGUGUUCAGUAUGAUAUCUAACAUUGUAAACUGCAAACUGGUGCAAGGAAUGAACUUAGAACUUUGGACGACAGAGGACGACAUUAUCUGCAGAACGAGUAGAAGGGCACGGAGAGCAAGGAUUUCGAGAUCAGGGUGACAAGCGAAAUGUCGAAACUAAGCUUCGUAAAAUUGUAACAAGUAAAAGAAAAUCUACUCUCAUUAAACACCCUUUGGACCAGUACUAAUAUUUCCAGUUUCUCAUCUUAGUCACAAGCGUAACAAUGUUCUUGUUGAUAAGUUUUUGUGCUAGUAAAUGGGUUUGUUGCAUAUAUUUAAUACAGCUAAUAAAUUAAAUGUCACUCAAGUUUGUCAAUAUGACUCGUA